AGCAAGGUUGCAAGGUCUCUCAUUUCAGUGGGAGCAGGCAGGACUGGAGCACUGGAAAGCAUGAAGUGCUAGACAAAGAGGCUUGAAACUAGAAAGUGAAUAGAAGACUCAGUGUAGAGGUCUGUUAAGUUCCAAAUGGUGAAAUUCAGCAAUGAUACACUGUGGAAAAAAACAUAUUUGUGCUGUUAUUGCAUGUAUUCUUAUUUUUGCAAGCAUUUUAAUAUGCUCCUGGAAAGAUCUUCAUCUACAGAAUAACAUAACGAGAAAAAUCUUCCCGCAGGCAACAACUGCCAGUUUAGCAGGUCACCUUUGCAGAGGAAAACCUGCUGAAAAUGUAAUAACACCAUUAAAAGAUAACAGAACUUUUGUUAUAUCCCCAUACUUUGAUGACCGAGAAAGCAAAGUCACUCGUGUGAUUGGGAUUGUUCACCAUGAAGAUGUCAAAGAACUAUACUGCUGGUUCUGCUGUCAGCCCGAUGGAAAGAUACAAGUAUCAAAAGCAAAAAUUGAUGUUCACUCAGACAGAUUUGGAUUCCCUUAUGGUGCGGCAGAUAUAGAUUGUUUGGAACCCGAAAACUGUGAUCCGACACACGUAUCAAUUAAUCAGUCUCCACGUGGAAAUAUUGACCAGCUACCAAGGUUUGAAAUUAAAAACCGCAAGGCCGAGACCUUUUCUGUUGACUUCACUGUAUGCAUCUCUGCCAUGUUUGGAAAUUACAACAAUGUCUUGCAGUUUAUACAGAGUAUGGAAAUGUACAAGAUUCUUGGGGUACAGAAAGUGGUGAUCUAUAAGAACAACUGCAGCCAUCUGAUGGAGAAGGUCUUGAAGUUUUACAUGGAAGAAGGAACUGUAGAGAUAAUUCCCUGGCCAAUAAACUCGCACCUCAAAGUUUCUUCUAAAUGGCACUUCUCUAUGGAUGCAAAAGACAUUGGCUACUAUGGACAAAUCACG